GGCGGGACCAGCCGCCGCCGUCUCCGUCUCGCCACCACGGCCCCCACACACCCCGCAGUCACCGCGGGAGGAGCGGAAGCCGCCGGCCUCGCCCGUCCAGAGCCGAGCCGUCCCGAGCACUGACGAGCGCCCGCCGCCUCUCUCCGGCCCGACCCCUCCCGAUCGUGCGGUUCGCCCCAGCCCCGGCCCGAGCGCGCCCACCUGAGGCCGCGCGCCCACCUGAGCGAGCACCAUGGCGGAGCAAGAGAGCCUGGAAUUCGGCAAGGCGGACUUCGUGCUGAUGGACACCGUCUCCAUGCCCGAGUUCAUGGCCAACCUUAGGCUCAGAUUUGAGAAAGGACGCAUCUACACAUUCAUUGGAGAAGUGAUCGUUUCUGUGAACCCCUACAAGGCGCUGAACAUCUAUGGGAGGGACACAAUUGAGCAGUAUAAAGGUCGUGAGCUGUAUGAGAGACCUCCUCAUCUUUUUGCUAUUGCUGAUGCUGCUUACAAGGCUAUGAAGAGGCGAUCAAAAGACACCUGUAUUAUGAUAUCAGGGGAAAGUGGAGCCGGUAAAACAGAAGCCAGUAAGUACAUCAUGCAGUAUAUAGCUGCCAUCACCAACCCCAGCCAGAGGGCAGAGAUAGAAAGAGUGAAGAAUAUGUUGCUGAAGUCAAACUGUGUUUUGGAAGCUUUUGGAAAUGCCAAAACCAACCGUAAUGACAAUUCAAGCAGGUUUGGGAAAUACAUGGAUAUCAACUUUGACUUCAAGGGAGACCCCAUUGGGGGGCAUAUCAAUAACUACUUGCUGGAAAAGUCUCGUGUGAUUGUGCAACAGCCAGGAGAACGCAGCUUCCAUUCUUUCUAUCAGCUGCUCCAGGGAGGUUCUGAGCAGAUGCUGCACUCUCUACACCUGCAGAAAUCCCUUUCAUCCUACAACUACAUCCGCGUGGGGGCACAGCUGAAGUCCUCCAUCAAUGAUGCUGCAGAGUUCAAAGUCGUAGCCGAUGCCAUGAAAGUAAUUGGAUUCAAACCUGAGGAGAUUCAAACAGUGUAUAAAAUUCUGGCUGCUAUUCUUCACUUGGGAAAUGUAAAAUUUAUAGUAGAUGGUGACACACCACUCAUUGAGAAUGGCACGACUGUGUCUGUCCUAGCAGAAUUGCUCUCUACUAAGACAGACAUGGUGGAGAAAGCCCUUCUUUACCGGACGGUGGCCACAGGCCGUGACAUCAUCGACAAACAGCACACGGAACAGGAAGCUAGCUACGGCAGAGACGCCUUUGCCAAGGCAAUAUACGAACGCCUUUUUUGUUGGAUUGUAACUCGCAUCAAUGACAUCAUCGAGGUCAAGAACUAUGACACCACGAUCCAUGGGAAAAACACUGUUAUUGGUGUACUGGAUAUCUAUGGCUUUGAAAUCUUUGACAACAACAGCUUCGAACAGUUCUGCAUUAACUACUGCAAUGAGAAGCUGCAGCAGCUGUUUAUUCAGCUGGUUCUGAAGCAGGAGCAAGAAGAGUACCAGCGGGAAGGCAUCCCUUGGAAACACAUUGAUUACUUCAACAACCAGAUCAUUGUGGACCUUGUGGAGCAGCAGCACAAAGGCAUCAUUGCAAUCCUGGAUGACGCCUGUAUGAAUGUUGGCAAAGUCACCGACGGAAUGUUCCUUGAGGCUCUCAACAGUAAAUUGGGCAAACAUGGUCAUUUCUCCAGCCGAAAGACCUGUGCCUCAGACAAAAGCCUGGAGUUUGACCGGGACUUCCGAAUCCGGCACUACGCAGGUGAUGUGGUUUAUUCUGCCAUUGGUUUUAUUGACAAAAAUAAAGAUACUUUAUUUCAAGAUUUCAAACGUCUCCUGUAUAACAGUUCAAAUCCUGUGCUGAAGAAUAUGUGGCCCGAAGGCAAGCUGAGCAUUACAGAGGUGACCAAGCGACCUCUGACCGCUGCUACCUUGUUUAAGAAUUCUAUGAUUGCUUUAGUAGACAACCUUGCUUCGAAGGAGCCAUACUAUGUGCGUUGCAUCAAACCCAAUGACAAGAAGUCCCCACAGAUAUUUGAUGAUGAGCGCUGCCGUCAUCAGGUGGAAUACCUUGGAUUGCUGGAGAACGUGAGAGUGCGCCGGGCAGGCUUUGCCUUCCGCCAGGCCUAUGAGAAGUUUCUUCACAGGUACAAAAUGAUUUCUGAAUUCACCUGGCCUAGCCAUGACCUUCCUUCAGACAAAGAGGCCGUCAAGAAGCUCAUAGAACAAUGUGGCUUUCAGGAUGAUGUAGCUUAUGGGAAGACCAAAAUUUUCAUUCGAACACCCCGUACAUUGUUUACCUUGGAAGAACUCCGUGCCAAGAUGCUUGUGAGGAUUGUCCUCUUUCUACAAAAGGUGUGGCGUGGCACCCUGGCCCGAAUGCGGUACAAGAGGACCAAGGCAGCUCUGACAAUAAUCAGGUACUACCGGCGCUAUAAAGUGAAGUCGUACAUCGACGAGGUAUCCAGACGCUUCCAUGGGGUCAAGAACAUGAGAGACUACGGGAAGCAUGUGAAGUGGCCAACCCCACCGAAAGUCCUGCGCCGUUUCGAGGAGGCCCUGCAGUCGAUUUUCAAUAGAUGGAGAGCUUCCCAACUCAUCAAGACGAUACCUGCUUCAGACCUUUCCCAAGUCAGGGCAAAGGUUGCAGCCAUGGAAAUGUUGAAAGGUCAAAGGGCAGACCUUGGGCUCCAGAGGGCCUGGGAAGGCAACUAUCUUGCUUCGAAGCCAGAUACACCCCAGACCUCAGGCACGUUCGUGCCAGUCGCUAAUGAGCUGAAACGCAAGGACAAAUAUAUGAACAUCCUCUUCUCCUGUCAUGUCCGGAAGGUGAAUCGAUUUAGUAAGGUAGAAGACAGAGCAAUUUUUGUCACUGACCGUCACCUGUAUAAAAUGGACCCCACUAAGCAGUACAAAGUGAUGAAGACUAUCCCUCUGUAUAAUCUGACUGGGCUGAGUGUCUCCAAUGGAAAAGACCAGCUUGUAGUGUUCCAUACAAAAGACAACAAAGACCUCAUUGUCUGCCUCUUCAGCAAACAGCCAACCCAUGAGAGUCGAAUUGGAGAACUUGUUGGAGUCCUGGCGAAUCAUUUCAAGAGUGAGAAGCGCCAUCUUCAAGUGAACGUCACCAACCCAGUGCAGUGCAGCCUGCAUGGGAAGAAAUGCACCGUCUCUGUGGAGACGCGGCUUAAUCAGCCGCAGCCCGACUUCACCAAGAACCGUUCUGGCUUCAUCCUCAGUGUGCCAGGGAACUAACUGCUGCACGUCGGAGGCCUGGCCCGGGGAGCAAGAGCUUGAGCCUGGCACAAGGCUGGCCGGGCCCUUAGCCUCUCCAUCCCUACACACGUUCCACCUUGCUCAGCAUCCCAGGAGUCCACUAAUUGCUGUAUGCCCUCUAAUACCACUAGAAAUCAGCAUGCAAGGGCCUCCCUGGGCAGGGCUCCUCUGCCUUCUCCGAGGCCCUGCUCAUGAAGUGUCCUGUCUGACUUUCUGCCCCUGCCCCUGCCCCUGCCUCUGAUCUCUGAACUCUGCAUAGUCCCUGCUCAGGAAACCAAAGACCCUUUGCAACCUCCUGGGCUGACAGCUAGACCACUUCUCACCCUACAAGCAACUGGAUAGUACCUGUAGUUGGCAAAGGGCCAGUGACCACUGCUGACCCAGCAGAGGGAUGGGUGGCCCAGAGCACAGGACAGUUUCUCUAGCCAGAGACAUUCUCUUAGAGGUUUGGAUCUAGUGUCCGUGUGCAGAGGACUAGCCCUGCUGUGACCCCCACACCUGAUGCCUUCCUUCCCCCACAUGAUUGCAGCCCUUGGGACCUAGCUCAGAGCCCCUUAGCACAAGCCUUACCGCUAGCAGCCAGCCAAAGGCAGCAGGUAAACAGGUUUGCCUGUGAAGCCCAUCCCUCAGCCACGUUCAGUCAGAGGCCCCUCCUUCCAGAGCUGACCCUGGAAAAUCUUUUGCCACCAAGGUUGCAGGACCUGGACUUUCUGACCACUUCUCCCAUAGACACCCUGCUGCUACUCAAGGACCAGUUAUCAUAACCCUUCUCUUUGCAGACUGCCAGGUUUGUAACCAGAUGUCCCCUGCUGUAAUCACACUGUCAGUACCUAGUAGGGAGCAAGGAGAGCCCUUCCCCCGACUCCUCCAGCUGAGCCUCCUCCCUGGAGAACUGGGACUCAUGGGGAGCCAAUGCACACAGCUGUGAGAGCUGGGUCAAAGCUGCAGCAAAGAGCGUGGAGUCCUGGCACUGCCGGCCAGGCCAGGGUGCCCACCUAUGCCACAUACCUGCCUGCUGGAGCCUGGCCCCUGAGCCCGCUGACGGGAAAGAGCUGACAGUGUCUGCCAAGCAAAAAGCUUGCCUGUUUCAGAGCCUUCCUGAGACCCCUGCCCCUGUCUCAGCUGCUGAGGAUAAGGCCACCUGUGGGCAGCGCAGGCUGCUGUGAGCACCUACCACGGAAGGGAAAGGCUGUGAGCAGACAUCAGCAGGCCCAGCAGGACUUACAGAGCCAGGAGCACAUUUUCUUCACUUUCCCCAGAUUCUGCCCCCUAAUCCUCAUCUUGCCACUCUAACCCACCAAGUGCCUGUGUGCCACCUCCUGUGCCUUGCCCAGGGCCUGAGGGAGUCACCUGGCUGACUGACCAAGGUGGUUCCAGCCACCUGGUCUCUUACCCCCUUUUGCAGAGCUGUGGGGCCUUUUACACUGCAGGCCGUUUGCAACAGAGAGCCCUGCUGCGCCAUCUGCCCUCGGGAGCCUUUCUCAUCCUCCAGGCUCGGUCAGCUGCCCGUGCAGAGCGGAGGUGCCAAUCGCCAGCGGACACUGACGGACCCAUCUGACUGGAACUUCACCUUCCCUUCCCACCGCCCGCCCCAGCGAGUUGCUCUACACUAGACAAGCUCCAGUGAGUUCAUACACACCAAAGCAGGUCAUGCCAAACAAGUCACAGAUCGGAGGCUGGGCAUGGGGGCUCUUCUCUCACCCUGACGUAGCCUGGGACCCCUGACCCAGGCCAGAACCUCCCACCAAGGAACUGCCCUGCCCACAAGCACUUUAUGAUCAGUGUGCGGCCACUGAAGGACCUGGAAUUUCGGGUGUGAAUGACAACAGUAAGAAGGGACAGGACACAGUGAUUGUGUGCACGGAGUGGGGUCUCUCAAUGAUAUGAAAUGCAGUCUAUGGUUUGGUGCGUAUAUUCCUAUUUUCCAUUAAAUUAACUUUAUUUCUAAAGCAUAUUUUGAUUUAUCAUAAAGAGCAAUAAAGCAUUAAAUCUUA